GGCAAGAACAAGAUUAUGGUUCUGGUUGUGAGAAUGAUUUUAUACAUCUGCCCUGUGGUGAGAGUGGUUACUCUCCUGUAUCUGUGUCCACAUUUUCAAUUUGGCCGUUCUGUAGUUUCGACACACGACAUGGACGAUUACGCUCAGUUAGGAGAGGACGUUGUUGACACUACAUCCGACAAGUUAUUCACCAUGAUGGACACUGAAGAGGCAGACGAGAUCUAA